AUGCUACGGCCUUCAAGGCCAAUUCGAACUUUCAUACAGGAGCAGCAGAAGGGCAGUCGAUGGGGGGACUUGAUGAUGAUAGUGGAAAACACCACUGAUGUAGUCAAUACUGGAGUUUCUAAUCAGAUUACUUCAGCUAUUGAUGAAGGCAUGAAGGAGUUAGGGGAUUUUCUAGAAUCUCUGGACCUGGACAUGAGGGAGAUUCCUAUACUUGAUGACAUCCAGGCAGGUAUGGCUCUUGCUGUUUCUGUGGGUAACCCAAUUAACAAUCCUAUGCAUGUUGAUUGUGAGUUCAUGAUGAAUAUAAUUACAUGGAACUGUAGAGGAGCUGCCAAAAAACACUUUAAGAGCACUUUUAGUAGGUUCUGUAGAAAAAAUGAUGUUGGGUUGGCUGCUAUUCUAGAGCCUCGGGUUAGUGGUAGGAAAGCCAUUAAUAUAAUUCGUAGAUUAGGAUUUUCUAAUCAUUUGAUUGCAGAUGCUCAUGGGUUUACUGGAGGCAUCUGGAUCUUGUGGAAUAAUAGUGAUGUGAAAGUUAAUCUCAUUACUAGACAUGAGCAAUUUAUGCAUUGCUGGGUUGAGUUUCCAGAUGUGAGGGGUUUUUAUUGGACAAAUGUCUAUGCUAGUCCUCAGGAGGACACUCGGAUUGUUCUGUGGGAGGAGUUGAAGCACAUUGGUAGAGUUAUGAAUAAUCCUUGGCUGAUUACUGGUGACUUUAAUGAGAUUGCUAUGGCAUCAGAAAAAAGAGGAGGAGGACCAGUGGAUAUGAACAGAUGCAAUAGAUUUGUGGAUGUUCUUAAUGCUUGUAGAGUGAUGGAUUUGGGAGGUGGAGGUAAUAGGUUCACUUGGAAAGGGCCAAAGUUUCUCCACCUAGACAGAGUGUAUAAAAGGCUAGAUAGAGCUGUUGGUAAUGAGGAGUGUAGAGCCUCUUUGGAGAAUGCUGACAUUGUAGUCCUCCCUAGGCUAUUUUAUGAUCACUGUCCAAUUUUGGACACCCAAAUACUAACAGGAAAGACCCUUCAGAUUUCUGGCUACUUGGCAGUACGAUGUCAGGAGUGGAACAGAAAUGUAUUCUGGUUCAUUCAUCACAGAAAGAACAGGGUUUUUGCUAGAUUGGAGGGUAUCCAAAAUCAGAUGAGCUCCUCUAAUAGCCAGCACUUGGAGAAGCUGGAAGCGGUUUUGAAUAGAGAGUUAGCUGACAUCCUUGAUCAGGAGGAACAGAUUUGGUUCCAGAAGUCUAGGGGUGAUUGGAUCAUAGAUGGUGACAGGAAUACAAGGUAUUACCAUACUAGUACUGUUGUUAGAAGGAAGAAAAAUAAGUCUGAAGAAAUAGUUUGGUUCCACACUAGUAAUACAUGGCCUGUUUUACAAGGGGAACAACAUGGAAAUCUUUCUAUGAAGCUCUCGGUUGAGGAGGUAAAGAGAGCUUUUUUCCAAAUGCCUGCUUUAAAAGCACCUGGUGUAAAUGGGUAUCCAGCCUUGUUCUUUCAAAGGAAUUGGGAGAUCCUCCAGGAGCAAGUUUUCAGCAGUAUGCAGUUCUUCAUGCAGAAUCCAAGUCAAAUUGGUAAUAUUAAUCACACUCUUAUUGUGCUGAUCCCCAAAGUGAAGAGACCUUGUUUGAUGAAGCAAUCCAGGACCAUAGCUUUAUGCAACACUAUCUACAAAGGCCUCAGCAAGAUUCUGGCUAAUAGGAUUAAGCCUCUUCUUAUGGAGAUUAUUUCUCCCAACCAAGCCAGUUUUGUACCCAAAAGGAAUAUCCAGGACAAUAUUAUAAUUGUUCAGGAACUCAUACAUUCUAUGCAUAGAAUGAAGGGCAAGAAGAGCUUCUUAUCUAUUAAAAUUGAUCUGGAAAAAGCUUAUGACAAGCUCAGUUGGAGUUUCAUCAGAUCUGUUUUAGAAGACUUGAAGUUCCCUGGUGAUUUAGUUGAAGCUAUCAUGGGAUGUGUCUCUAGUCCGGUCCUUGAAGUUCUCUGGAAUGGGGCUAGAACUCCUAGUUUUCACUCUCAAAGGGGAAUUAGACAAGGGGACCCUCUAUCCCCUUAUUUAUUUGUCCUUUCUUCUUUGAGUCAGCUCAAUUGCAUCACUCAGUGCUUGGAGAAAUUCUCAAGGAUGUCUGGUCAGAGUGUAAGCAUAGAAAAAUCCUGCAUUUAUUACUCGAAGAAUACCCCUCAGGAUGUUAGAAGAGCUAUUACUGAUGCCAGUGGCUUCAAGAAGGUUGAAAAUUUGGGGAGAUAUUUGGGGUCUAUGAUGAGACAUGUAAGAAUAAAAAAGGAUCAUUAUGCUGAGGUUAUCUCCAGGAUUCAGAAUAAACUUCAAGGAUGGAAAUCUAGAUGCCUAUCUCUGGCAGGCAGAAUCACUCUUGCAAAAAGUGGAGAUACAGAGACCAAAAGAAGGGCCCAUUAUGUGAGCUGGGAGAUCAUGUGUCAACCUAAGGAGUGUAGUGGUCUUGGUAUUAUAGAUCUCAGGAUUCAGAAUGAGGCUUUUAUCCAGAAGUUAGCUUGGAAUCUUAUAUCCGGUCAAGAUAGCCUUUGGGUGAGGGUGCUAAUUGGAAAGUAUGGAAGAAAUCAUGAUCCUUACCAAAGCCUAAAUGCUAAGCCCUGUGAUUCAUCUUUGUGGAAAAACAUAUGUCUAGCUCACUCUAAGAUUUCUCAUCACUCAGAGUGGGUGGUAAUGGAUGGCAAGUCAGUGAACUUCUGGUUAGAUAGAUGGGGUGGUUGGCAGAAUCCUCUCUUUGAUUUGGCUUCCUUUAAACCUCCUAUGUCUGACCUGGAAUACAAUGUUUGGGAUUUGGUGGAUCCCAAUACUGAUGAUUGGAACUGGGAGAAUUUAAAUCAAUUCUUGGAUGCUGCAUCUUGCAUCAGAUUGAGCAAUAUUCCUCCCCCUAAGCCUGGAAAUCUAGGUGAUUGGCUUAACUGGAAAGUGAUUAAUCCAGAGAAAUCAAUUGUUAAAAAUGCAUACAAUUAUUUACUAAGGUCUCAGCCUGUAAAGGAUUCUAUAUGGGCAGCUAUUUGGAAGUGGAGGGCCCAUUUAGAAUUGCAGUUUUUUUGUGUGGCCAAGAACAUUUGGGGAAGGUGGUUUGGAGGUUCUAUUCCUGUUGCAUUCUUAUCUACGAAUGGAAGGGAGUGGAUUAGAGUAAAUCUCUUUAAGCCUUUUAAGUCACAGCUGUGGAAAUCUUGGAAGGAAAAUUAUUUUGUAACCUGCUGGUAUCUGUGGCAAUGGAGAAAUCCCAUUAUACAUGAUUCUGAUUUUGCUAGACCUCAAGAUCCAAUCAAAAAAAUCUUACAAUUUCUGACAGGUGUGAAGAGAAAUGGAAAUGCUAACCCAUUUGCUCCAGGUGCUGAAAUUGCUGUUCUAAUUAGGAAGGCGUGCCUGGGUGUAGCUCCCAUAGAUACUAUGCUCUUUGUUGAUGGAGCUGUCCAGCAAUCUGACAACAGUGGAGCUUGUGGUGGAGUGGUUUGUUCAUCGAAAGGUAGCUGGAUUAGUGGCUUCUCAUAUUAUAUAGGUCCUUGCUCUCCAUUGGAAGCUGAACUCAGAGGCAUUCUGCAUGGUCUUAAGCUGGCUGCAAGUUUAGCUAUAACCAGAAUUUGGAUUGACUGUGAUAGUAAGGAAGCCAUCCUAUGUCUUGAGACUGAUACUGGUGCAUGUGGGUUGGCUAGUUUAAUUGAUUUGAUUAAAACCACAGCUGCGGGUUUUGACCAGGUACGUGUGGAUUUUAUCCCUAGAGAAGAGAAUGAGGUUGCUGACUCAUUAGCUAAGUUAGGCUUGAGCUACAAGGGUGGAGAGUUGAGGAUUUUUUCCUCUCCCCCUGUGAGUACAGUUCCUUUUUGGGACCUUUUUUGUUUUAAUUUGUUGGUUGAUCAUAUGUCUAUUGAUCUGAAACAGUUGUCUUUGUAA